AUGCUCAGGUCGACGGCCCAUCCAGCGACGCUGCGGCGUCUUGGCGUCGGCGCGCUUUCCCCUCUGCCCGUCCAUCUGCUCUCCUUCGGUGCGCAACACGGUAUCCGUCGAGCGUCUUCGGUCCCUCCCUCCCCGACACCGACAUGCACACCCACACCUACGACGACACGCACGCGCACACGCACACCGACACCGACACCACCGCCGGCGGCAGCAACGACGACGUCACGGUGGGGAGCCACGACGACGUGGCGGUUCUGGAGGUGCCGCACAACGUGGCUCCGGGCGGGUACGAAUACGUUCCGCUGCCUCGUAGGCUGCACGCUGGGCGAUCUCGGCAUGCUCUGGUACCUCCAGCACCGUGGACUCGUCGACACGUGGGGUAUGCAUGUCUCCAUGGGUCUGUCCAUGACGUCCGGGAUCGCCACUUCGCUCCUCGUCGAAACCCUGCUCCUCCGAUACGGGCCUACCCGCAUGCCCCUCGGCCAAGCGGCCAGCACGGCAAUGGGCAUGAGCCUCAUCUCGAUGCUCGCCAUGGAGUCGGUAGAGACGGCCGUCAACCUACACCUCACCUCGUCCUUGUCCUCGUCCUUGUCCUCGUCUUCGUCGGGCAUCGACCUCGCCAGUCCCGCCUUCUGGCUCGCCGCCCUCUUGUCGGCCUCGGCGGGCUUCCUCGCCCCCCUGCCCUAUAACUACUGGCGCAUCAAGAUCUACGGUCGUGCUUGUCAUUGA